GAGCUGACUUCAUUAUCGGUCAAAAUUUAAUGUAACACACUGGAUCAAUUGGCCGUCAUGCGAGUUACAUAGCGUUUUGACCUUGACUUUGACAUAUAGUCUAAACAAAUAUCAUAUUACUAGUAGCAAUAACCAGGUUACUGCUAGCGCAGAACCGCAAUUUUCAUGAUUCACGUUUUGCUCAUUUGAACAUUUUUUUUUAUGCCAAGCGCUGAACUUCAUUUCCUAUUUGAUGAAAAAUAAUUUAAUUUUUGUGAAAAUGUUGGUUGAUAAACUGAUAACUCCAAUCAAAUGACUGAAUUUUAUUUUUCUCUCUUCAAUUUCUUUUUCUUUUUGUUUGUUAUCUUGUCUUGCUAGGUGACGUAAAUUUGUAGAGCUGGAAGAAAAAAGAUCUAAAUAAAAACUUAUUGUGGGGAUCCAAUUCGUCUGAGCUAAUUUCCCUCGACUACAAUUCUGACAAAAACAUGAGCGACUUGAUUGGAAUUGAAACGAUAUCUAACGACACAACAGAAGAAUACAUACAACUGCCCCGUACCGUCGAUGUGUUUCUGACAACACUGCAGCUAGUCAUUGUCGCCAUUGGAGUCGGCGCCAACUUGGCAGUGAUUUACGCGACCAUCACUCGAUUCUCCUGCAAGAAGGCCUCCAAUCUUUUCGUGUGUACACUCGCAUGUAUAGAUGUGCUUGCACUCCUUUAUGACUUGGGGGGAAUCACGGUGUCCCUUUGUGGAGGGGGGAGUUCCUGUGAGUUCAGACCAUGUAUCGUGACUUCAAUGGGAAAUGCAGUGACUUUUAUGAGUGCGUUCAACUUGGUACUCAUUGCUUUUGACAGAUAUAUCUUCAUAGAGCACCCAUUCCAAUACUCCAAAGUGAUCGAGAAGAGAACUCGCCUGUGGCUGUUUUUCUUCCUCGUCUUUCCCGCCAUUCUUCUAAUCGCUCUGUUCUGCGUCACUUUCUGCCAGCCGAUCAUGCACCACCUGUUCUACAUUGUGCCCGCCCUCAUCAUUCUGUUCAUUUGUCUGGUGGCCAUUGUGUUCAUGUACUCUUCUAUCUUCAUAACUGCAAGGAGCCAUCAUCGCAAACUGGCGGUGCAGUUGUGCAAUGGGGCAGCCGAAACGCAGAAGAAUUUCAUGUCCCGUUUUGACGCCGCCCAACGACGCAUCAUCGUUGGCUACAUAUUAAUUGUGGGCGUGUUCUUCCUGUCUGUGCUGAUGAUCUGGAUCAGUGGCAUCAUCAUGAGUCCCCACUCCAGUCUGGGAGGGGUGUGGUUUGCCAGAAUGUCCUAUCUGGUUGUCACCCUCAACUCAGCAUGCAAUCCGUUCAUCUACUAUUUCACCAACAGAGAGUACCGAGAUGGGUUCCUCAGCAUGAUUGGGUGCGAUAAAACCACAGCUCUGGAGAUGGACGUUGAUAAUGCACUUGACGGAAGUCGCAGGUAUAAAAUCUUGCGGCGCAUCACCAGUCGGCAAAGUACCGACAAAAAAGUCCAUAAGGCAGCCGAAGUGACAGUGCAGUCCAAAUUCAACGAGCCUAACUUGAUCCAUAUUCACAAAGCAGAAGGACUUAAUGUUUAAAUGUUUAUUUUAGCCAUAAAAUCUGAGUUAAUAUUUUUAUCAUACCGAGAAAUACUUACAGUGCUGCACAAAUUUUCCAAUCAAUCAAAGUAAAUUAAGUUGUUUUUGAUUUUUAAUUGAAUUAGUUGAAUCUGUCUAACUGACGCAACCCCAUCAAAAUAGGGCUAGUUUCUAGUUACAAUAUGUCCAUUCUCUUAUCGUUUCAAAAUGUCUUUACAAUUACAAGGGGUGGACGUUGCUGAUACUAUUUAGUAGGUAUUAUAGGAGAAAUAGUUAAAGAAAGAUUUGAGAUAACGUGUAGAAAAUAUGGGAUGUUUUUUUUAAGUUUUGUGCCCCCUUACCUCCCCCACCCCCUGCUAAUUUUUUUCAGUAUUUUUUGUUCACAGUGUCUGAUUGCUACAAAAAUUGCCAUGCUCACCAAUUACGAUAUGAGAAUUAUAUUUGAUAUUUAAACUUGUAAGUCCCUCGUUAACCAAU